CUAAGUUCAUGGUUUGACCCUCGUAAUUUUCUUAAACAUUUCUUCCCAAGUGGGGUUCUAGGGUUUAAAGAAUUCUCACAUCCAUUUCUCUCUCGUUUUACUCUUUGUCAUGAUUGCUAAUUUCUUGCAGUGAACUUUAGGAAUUUCGACAAACAGUAUGUGGGCGAUUCGAAGAGCGUCCAUUCAUCUCAAGAGCCGAGGCUUAAAUUCAGGGACCUCACGAGUUAGAUAUGUAAAUUCAGAGAUAGCAAAUUGUUUAAUUGAGAAUUGCAAUGCUGAAACUGUUGAAUCUCAAGGAAAAGUAUUGGAUUCAACAAUGUGCUCACGAAGGUUCUGCAACACAUCUGUUCCUUCAAAAUCACACUUGAAAGCUCACACCUUUUGUUCCCAGGCUGGUGCUGAGCACCACGAUAUAUUUCAUGUCCUUCAAGCUCGACAAGAUGCAGCCGAGGACGCUGCAUCUGGAGAUGAGAUGGAUGAUGAGUCGAUCUUCGAGUCAGAGCUCACUUUGGGUGAGAGUUUUGCCGAUUAUACGCGGAAUGAGUUGGAGAUUUCAGGAGCUGAUGAGGCUGAUGCCGGGAAGGAGAAAACUCGGAAAAUUAAAGCCCCUUCUGGCAUGACUAAAGCUAUACUUGCUGAUACCAGGUUACCAGUGAGCAGGGCUUUGGAGAAGUGGGUUGAAGCUGGAAAUGAGGUGACCCUUGCUGAAGUAUCAGCAAACAUAUUGCAUUUUCGGAAGAGGAGAAUGUUCAGCCAGGCCUUGCAGCUUUCUGAGUGGUUGGAUUCAAGAAAGCUUACUGAGUUAACCGAAAGCAAUUAUGCUUCUCGUGUUGAUUUAAUUGCCAAAGUGCGUGGGAUAGUCGAGGCAGAAAAGUACAUUCAGGAGAUUAUUCCCGAAUCUCUAAGAACUGAAGUUGUCUACCGAACUCUAUUGGCAGCUUGUGUCACUGCAAUAGAUGUGAACAAAGCCGAGGAGCUUUUCAAUAAAAUGAAGGACUUAUUCCCCAUUUCAUGCUUUUCUUGUGACCAGUUGCUACUUCUGUACAAGAGGACCAACAGGAAGAAAAUUGCUGACGUCUUGUCGUUGAUGAAGAGAGAAAAUAUCAAACGGUCAGCUUUCACUUACAAGAUUUUGAUUGACGCGAAGUGGCAGUCUGGUCAUAUUAGUGGGAUGGAGCGACUUUUAGAAGAAAUGAAGUCCGACGGUUUAGAACCUAGUAUGCAUAUUUUGGCCUCCGUGGCCAAGUCUUAUGUUGACAGCGGCCUAAAAGUUAAAGCCGAGGCUGUAUUGAAAGAUAUGGAAGGAGGCGAUUUGGCUGAAAACCGUUGGGCUUGUCGAUUUCUGCUUCCCAUCUAUGGUUCCCUUGGAAGGGCAGAGGAAGUUGUGAGAAUCUGGAGAAAAUGUGAAUCCAAUUCCGAUAUGGCAGAGUGCAUAGCCGGGAUCCAAGCGUGGGGACGCCUCAACAGAAUCGAAGAUGCUGAGGCGGCCUUCAGUAAAUUGCUGAGAAUUGUGAGGAGGCCCUCUUCAAAGCAUUAUGCUUUGAUGCUGAAUAUGUAUGCAGACAACAAAAUGCUGGAUAAAGGGGAGGAGCUCGUGAGACAGAUGACCGAGAGUGGCGUCACUGUCACGCCACCAGCCUGGCACGCGCUCGUGAAACUCUAUGCUCGAGGCGGAGAAGUCGGUAAAGCUGAAUCCAUUCUUCAGAAGGCUCUUAGAGAUAGAAGGGGGAUGCAUCUUCUUGGUUCUUUCUUGAGUAUCUUGGAUGCUUAUGCAGGGAAAGGGGAUGUGGAAAAUGCUGAGAGGAUAUUUCUCAAGAUGAAACGGACCGGGUUCACAUCGUCGGCCCGGCCUUAUCGAUCCCUCCUCUAUGCCUACAUCAAUGCAAAAGCACCGGCUUAUGGGUUGAGGGAGAGGAUGAAGGCCGAUAAUGUCAUCCCAGAUCAAAAACUGGCUGCUCUAUUGGCUCGAGCAAGUAAAUUUACGGCCGCGGCGGUGGCAGCCAAGUCGCUGCCGUAGGGGAAGAGGGAUGGUGGUUUCAAGGUGAAAAAGGAGUUUUGAGGGCUGUUUUCUUAGCUAUCUGCAACUGCUAUUCUGAGCUACUCGAUGGUCUACUUCAUCGACUAGGCCGCUUGAUGAAGCAAUUUGAGGGCUUCAGUUUCAUAUCAGUUUUCCCCGGUUGCGAAAAGUGGGCUUACUUGGAGAGACUCGCCCUUGCAAGCUUGCUUUCUUUAUUUAUUUUUGUUAAUUGACUCAGCAACUUAUUUUGUAAUUAUAUAUACUAGUUAUGUUUUAUCAAUCUUCUAUGUACAAA